CCAAUCAGGAUUCAGAAAUCUUUGCUCUUUUUGUCCCGAUUGGUCAAUCAAACGCCACUCUGCCAGACAAGCAAAACUUUCGUUAUUGUUGCGCAAUAUAUUUUUUAGACAUUUAACUUGCAGGGUCUGCUCCAGUCUGUUGCAGGUUUACUCAAAAAUUCAUAACGCAGCAUGUGUUGUCUUCGAUAUAUACGUUACGAAUUUACAGAAUAGACCAGAAGAAGAGUAAGAGUUAGACGAUCUCAAUUGUCGUCGACAUUAGAAAACACGUGGUUUUACAAUCGUGAUACAUUUCUGUUAUAAUACACAAAAAACUCCAGAUUUACAAAAAAAAUGGUAGAUUACAACGAAUUUCAAGCAAUUGUGCUUGCCGGAGGAAGAGGGUCUCGUAUGACGGAGAUUACGGCUGACCAGCCCAAAUGUUUGCUACCGAUUGGAAACGUUCCCAUGAUCUGGUAUCCUCUGCAGACUCUCGAACGUUCUGGAUUCAAGGAAGCAAUUGUUGUCGUUUCGGAACUGACAAAAUCAGACGUAUCUACGUCAUUGGAAAAAUUAAGCUUGAAGAUCAAGAUUGACAUUGUGGCAAUUCCGCAGGUCGAAGAUCUUGGCACAGCCGAUGCGAUUAGAUACAUUCACGAUAAAAUAUACACGGACUUUCUGGUGAUAUCCUGCGAUCUGAUUACAAAUAUCAAUAUAUUGGACGUUUUGGAUUUAUAUAGAAAACAUGACGCGAGUGUAACCGCUGUGAUGUUGCCUGUUCUAAGAGCAUCAGAUGAUUUAGUAACACCAGGUCGGAAAAGUAAGCAUAAGUCAGAAAUUGAUUUACUCGGCAUUGACAAUAACACAGAAGGACGAUUGAUCUUCUUGGGUUCGGCAUCUGAUUUUGAGUCAACAAUCAGUAUGUCCAAGAAACUUGUCAUAAGACACUCCAGCAUUACUGUUCAUUGUAAAUUUGCAGAUGCCCAUUUGUAUGUUUGCAAAAAAUGGGUGUUGGAUUUUUUGCUUUACAACACAAAAUUCAGCACACUGAAGGGUGAAUUUUUGCCAUACAUAGUUAGGAGACAGAUGUCUGAACGUAAAAACGUGAACGAUAAAAAUACUUCCAUGGUGCAAGAAGAUGUAAAGGAAGACAUAUUCCGUUUUGUGAAGGAAAACUCUCUGAAUACACAAGUAAGACAGAUGUCAGCUUUCAAUGAUCACAGUACUGAUCUAGAAGAAACUUAUUAUGGAGAUAUAAUACGAUGUUACGCUUACAUAACGAAUGAGAAGUUUGGUCUCAGAGCAAACACUGUAGCAACGUAUCAUUUUGCCAAUGCCAAGAUAUCAGAGUUGUGGAGUGCUGGCAGUAAUGAACAGAUCCCGCUGCCAGACGUUUCUAACACUGCAACUGUGCGCAGUACACAAGUGCAGGAAUGUCGUAUAGGCGAUAACACGUUGAUCGAUGAGAAAACGUCGCUCAAAUGUAGUUACAUAGGACCUAACUGCACUGUGGAGUCAAAAACAAGAAUAUCUCAGAGUGUGAUAAUGGAAAAUGUAACUAUUAAACAGAGAUGUGUCAUUCACAAUUGCAUCUUGUGUAACGGUUGCACUAUUGAAGAAGGCACGGAAUUGAAAGAUUGCAUAGUUGGAGCGAAUCACGUUGUAAAAUCUGGUAGCCAAUACUCUCGUGAGGUACUCACCGAUGCAGACAGACUUAUAGAAAUUUAAUGACUCGUUUUUUAUAUACGAUAACACUGCACUCUAAAAACUAAAAAAUCUGUACAAAUUAAUAAAAAGUGUACAAUUA